AUGAGCAAGAGAAAAUCCCAGCGCCAAAAAGCACCAAAAGCCUGGCCCUAUACUCCCGAACCCUCUCCCCGUCUUGGUCCUUCGCCGCUACCAUACGACGAUCUGAAGGAUAACUUCAUUAUGGACGAGCCUGCUCACACCAGACCGAUCAGCGUCGCUCGCAAAGAAGGCAUAUUAUCACCCAAUCGGCCUACAUUGGAAGAAGUUUUGGCCAACAAUGCCCCUGCGCCUUACACACUCGCCGCCUACACUGCCUUUCUUUCUCAACAACAUUGUCUCGAAACUCUUGAGUUCGUCACCGAGGCAAGAAAGUACGGAGAACAGUACGACGAAGCAGCCUUGGAACUGAGCGGCAUGCCUUUAACAACUGAUACCGACCAAGGAUUUGAACUGUCCAUGAUCUGGUCUCGAAUUCUCGACAUCUAUGUGAAGCCUGGUGCUCCCAGGGAGAUCAACCUGCCAGCCGAGGAGCGAGAUGAUCUUGUCGAAUAUCCUUACGACCUUCGUCCCGCUCCUCCGGCAGCUCUCGAGCCAGCGGUCAAGCGCAUGUAUGAUCUCAUGUCCGACUCGAUAUUCAUCCCUUUCUGCAACAGCCUCAAAGUACCAUCCCAUGCCCAGACCUACAGCGCUUUGUCAGAUUGGUCGAGAGCAGGCGAUCUCGAACCGGCAAGGUUGACAUACGAUGAGAGGACCGGAAUAUCGCGAAGAGCUCCUACGCGGCGGAAAGAGUCACCACCCAACACAUCUGCCUCUCAGUUUUCUCCCUCACGAUCUCCGCCGUCGCAACACCGGCCUACUCGAUCCUCCACGUUAUCUUCCGCGAUCACCCGCGCCUCAGCCAACAACCGUUUGUCGACGCACGUCUCGCACUCUUCCGCCGUCUCGGAAAGUGCGCUGACCGACAGCAGUGAUAAUGGCGCAGAAACUGGUCUUACAGAGGCUGAGUCAGUCAUGACUCCACCAACCACGCCCCCAACCAGUGAGCUAGGAGGUCCCCAUCACGCCCACCCGGCACCGACCACCCACCCUACGACUCAUCCUACCAAAUCUCAACGGAGUGAGAGUGGAGCCUGGAAGAAGACGAUGAAGUUCUUUGGUGGCGGAUCGAACAAGAAAAAGGGCACCGAUUGA